UGUCUCCUCUAAUAGACUUCUUCUGGCAAUGCAGAGGACAGCUCACAUAGGGGGCCUCAGGAGGACACGUCGCUAUACGGAAGUGCCAAUGGCCAUAGUAAGAAGAGACUACUGACAGGUCAACCAGUGAACUUUGUAAAGAAAUGGUGGAACACAUUGUUUCAAGGGAUCCUCUGGCUGCUGAUUUAAAAUGCAGUCUUUUUGCCUCUGCUUUGAAGAGCUACAAAAGAGACUCUGUGCUCAGACCAUUUCCUCCCUUCUACACCAUAGACCAGCUCAAGGAUUUUGACGCUUUGAUUUCUGACACAAAUGGUUUGCCCUGCCUUCGAGAUAUCAUCCAGAGAAAAACAGGCUGGGAUAAUAAAUCAAUAGAACUCCUGAGCUGGAUUUUAUCUGAGAAAAUAUUUACCAUCAAAAGUGUCAAUAAGAACAAGUAUGAGGAAAUCGGAGCCCUGCUAGGCUCUCCCAGUCUUGCUCUGCCCACCCCUGACUUCCUGUUUGAAAUAGAAUACUGCGAGAAGCUGAACGCCAAGUUCCAGGAGAUACGUGGCGAGAGGGACCUGAUGUACGCUUUGCAUGGCAGUCGGCUGGAGAAUUUCCAUUCCAUACUCCACAAUGGCUUGCACUGCCACCUUAACAAGACUUCCUUGUUUGGAGAAGGCACAUACUUGACAAGUGACCUGAGCCUGGCCCUUCUGUAUAGCCCUCAUGGUCAUGGAUGGUGUCAUAGCAUUUUAGGACCAGUGCUGAGCUGUGUAGCAGUUUGUGAAAUGAUAGAUCAUCCUGAUGUAAAGUGUCAGGCGAAGAAGAAAGAUUCAUGUGAAAUCGACCGGAAGCGAGCAAGGGCGCGGAACAGUGAAGGGGGAGAUGUGCCACAGAAAUACUUUGUUGUGACAAAUAACCAGUUGUUGCGAGUAAAAUACAUUUUGGUGUAUUCUCAAAAACAGCCGAAGAGAAGAUCCAAGGAGCCAUCCUGGUUUUCAACACACCGGUUUGCCAUUAUGAUGGCGCUUUACUUGUUUAUACUGCUUCUCAUUGGGUUAAGCAACUCCAAGGCCUUUUCUCAGCAUUGGAAAAGACUGUUGGGUUGGACAUCUUGACAUCUUAAACUACUGGGACCACACCAAAAGCCUUAAAUGUGUGCUUGUGAAAGAACUAUGCACCGUCUACUCUAGGAUAUGUCUGCACUUAGACUUGUACAAGUUGAAACUCAUUUUGCCAGUUUAUAAACUCUUGCACUUUGUACUGACCACAUUCACAUAGGAGCUUUGUGGUGUGAAGCAUUACUUUGAUGCUCCGUUCCUUUUUAUUCAAGAUUCUUACAGGGUCAUUAAGAAAAUGAAGACUCAAACCUAAGCAAUACUCAAAUUCUAAGACCAGGAAUAAAAGGAAGCAUGUGACAUCUUUUUUGUCUUCUUAUAUUUUCCGCCCCCUGACUUUCUUAAUGCUAAGAGAUUGAUGUACAGUGGUAGUGAAAAAAAACAGACGCACCGUCAAUCUAAAAAGUUAUUUCUCAGAAGAAAUGUUUACUACUAAAAAUGCCAUUGCAUGUAUCUCAGUAGAACUCCUACAUACAAAUUCAUAGCUAAAUACUUUAAUGCUUCAGGGGUUACAGUUUACUUCUUCCUAUUUGUAACUGCUUUCCAAGUUGGCAUGCACUACAUCUUAAUGUGUUGCUGGCACCAAUACGAAUAACAUAAAGCCUUGUUGUCCCUUGGUGACCUGGACCCUGGUCUGGAUAUCAGUGAGUUCAGAUCACAGGCCUGAAUACUAGACCUGUGUUAUUUUGUCCCGUGGCCAGGUCAGACCAAAUAAAGUUUCAGCCAACAUCAAUUUUCAAAUUAAUCGUUCUUUGCAUUAAUCAUGUCUGGGAUUUUUCCCCCUGUUUUUGGCGUGGACUUUUGGGUUAGAAGGCCUGAAAUGCUCUCUGUUACAUGACCACAAAUGACAUCCGUUUGAAGAGUGAAAAGCCAUUUCAUUAAAAGGGUCUGAACUUGUCUAUCAAUGUCCUGGUUUCGAUAGUUAAUCAGUAGUAUCUGUUUGGGAUAAGGAACGUGUGCAUAGUAAACUUCAAUACAGGUCAAGGUGGUGAAAUAAUGGGGACCAAGAACUGCUUAAUGACUAGAAUAAUAAAUAGAAUUAAACCUUUUUGAUGUUCCAGCUGCUUUCAGCAUGGGUUAAUAAUGGCAUGGAUAACUAAUGAAGGAUAACUAAAUACAUGUAUGUGACUGUAAAUAAAAGUGGAUUAAUUAUGUCAGAGAUAAAAAGUCCACCGUGACUGUAAGAUUGACAAAGUGCAUCAACAAAUGCACUUUCCGGUUUAGUUGUUGGGCUUUAAAUUAUAAUCAUUGUUUAUUGGGGAAAAGUAUAUAAUAAUUAAUUGAUGGUUGACCUAUUCAAAUCUUGUAUUGAACACGAAGCACAUAAAUAUUCAAAACUAUGAUAAAAAUUAUAUUUCUAUUUAGAUACAGUAUUAAAUGUGUUUAUUUCUUAAAGAACCACUAUAUCAGUUCACAUACAACUAUUUUCUUUGUUAUAUAUUUUUCUAAUAAAAUGUUAUCUUUGUGUCCAGUUGUUGAUGAUCUUGAAGAGACUUCAGAUAGGUAUACACUGUGGACGAAGAAGAUAAGAAUGUUUAACAUAACCACAUUGGAAAACCAUAUUCCAAACCUAACACAUUCAUAAGGGAAUUGUUACUGUGAAUACAAAAAUAAAUUAUCCCAAUUCCUAAA